AUGUCCCGUCGUAAGCAAGCGAAACCGCAGCAUCUGUCCUCGGACAAGGAGGGAGAAGAGAUAGAGAGCACUUCGGAUAGCGUAACCUUGAGAGAAGUAGACGAAGAGGAUGGUGGAAGUGAAAGCCUGAGUGGGAGUGAAGAGACACAUGUCUGUGAGAAGUGCUGUGCAGAAUUUUUCAAGUGGUCAGACCUACUCGAGCACCAGAGGAUGUGCACGGAAGAUCCCCCAGUGCUCAUCUUAAAGGAGCAUGAUGAGAUUCCUGCUCCCCAGGACUCCCCUGCUGAGUCUUGCUCAGCUAUAAGUGUUCAUAGUGAUUUUGCGGAGAUUGAGACCACAGAGAAAGACUUGGAGUUUGUUGAGAAGAAUGAGCAGAGUCCAGAUGUUACAGAGAGGAAGCAUGAAGAAAAACCAGAUGAGCCCAUGGAUACUCAGCUGUCUGUGGAUAAAACAUCCCACUCCAGUCCCCAAUCAACAGUUUCCUCUGAGACUACCACGCCUCUACCUUUGCCAUCUGUCAUGUCAAACUAUGGGAUGCCCAGCACCAAUGUAACCUUGGAGAUCCUCCAGAGCACCAGAGUUGCAGUUGCUCAGUUUUCCCAGAGUAUUCAUGGUGAUGUGCCCGGAGGGAGAGUCAAUGCCGUAGCUAUACCCAUGAUUCUGGAACAGCUGAUGGCUCUGCAGCAACAGCAGGUUCACCAGUUGCAGCUCAUUGAACAGAUUCGUAGCCAAGUAGCUGUGAUAAACAGGCAGCCCACACAAGCUGCGCUUAACCCGGCCUCAAAGGGCCUGCACGCAGGUCCUUCAAGUUUUCAGCUCCAGGGUGUCAUUCCUCCUCCUGUCUUACCAAUGUCGGGAGUUAUGCCCUCUGCUGUGAAUGGACAGGCCUCUGUCUCCUCAUCCUCCACACUUGAGAAGUCAUUUUCAAUGUCCUCACAUAAAAACAGUGAACAAAUUAAUCCCAGAACAAAAGAUAAUGUUUUUUCCUAUUCAGUAAACUCUAGUUUUUCUCCAUCCAGUAGCAGCAGAGCAUCACCUCUGUUAACCCCUUACACUAGUGCUCUCUCUAGCAGUGGCUGCACUCAGCCUCUGAGCUCAUCCAACCUGCUGCCUUUGGGGCAAAACAGUCUCCUCAGCCAAUCAGCAAAUCUACCAUUGCUACCUCAAAGCCCUCCCAGUGGAGUUAUCUUCCCUAACCCACUGGCUAGCAUAGCAGCCACUGCCAAUGCACUGGACCCACUCACUGCACUGAUGAAGCACCGCAAGAGCAAAUUGCCCAAUAUUUCUUUAUUUGACUCUAAGCCCAGCUCCGAGGAUUCUUUCUUCAAGCAUAAAUGCAGGUUCUGUGCCAAGGUGUUUGGCAGUGACAGUGCCUUGCAGAUUCACUUGCGCUCACAUACUGGAGAAAGACCCUUCAAGUGCAACAUCUGCGGUAACCGCUUCUCCACAAAAGGAAACCUUAAAGUACACUUUCAGAGGCACAAAGAUAAGUAUCCUCAUGUCCAGAUGAACCCAUACCCAGUGCCAGAAUAUCUGGAUAAUGUUCCCACAAGCUCUGGCAUUCCCUAUGGCAUGUCUUUCCCCCCAGAGAAAACAGGAUCAACAUGGUUAGACAGCAAACCCAUUCCAUCAACAGUCCCAACAUCUGUUGGCCUUCAGCUUCCUCCUACAGUCACUUUUAUGGAGACCUUGAGUGAAUCAUGCGGUAAUACACCCUCAGGGAGAUCUCCACAAAGGCCCUCCCCAGCAAGAAGUGAAUAUGCACCUUUGUCACCUAACCUUGAUGGCCCUGAACCAAACAUCUCUACCAUUAAAGCAUCCAACCAGACAAACCAAGAGAAGGAGUCAGUUUAUGUCCCAAAAACUGAGGAAACUAAUCUGCCUCUAAACAGUAACUCCAGACUAGGGGAAAAUCUUUCUUCUGAGACCCACAUUGUGCCCUCAGAAUCUUUGAAAACAGAAAUUCCCAUGACUGGAAAAAGUCCAGAAUCGAUUGGUAAUCCUUUGUCUAUUUUCAAGUCUUCUACCCCUCCUCCUCUUAUCUCAGAUCAGUAUAAGGCCAAAUUUCCAUUUGGAGGGCUCUUAGACUCAAUGCAAACAUCAGAAACAUCAAAGCUUCAGCAACUAGUAGAGAAUAUUGACAAGAAGAUGAUGGACCCAAAUCAGUGUGUAAUAUGUCACCGUGUACUCAGUUGUCAAAGUGCUCUGAAGAUGCAUUACCGUAUUCACACUGGAGAGAGGCCUUUUAAAUGUAAGGUUUGUGGUCGAGCUUUUACCACAAAGGGUAACUUAAAAACCCAUUUUGGAGUCCACCGUGCAAAGCCUCCCCUUCGGGUUCAACAUUCAUGCCCAAUAUGCCAAAAGAAGUUCACAAAUGCUGUUGUCUUACAGCAACACAUUCGCAUGCACAUGGGAGGCCAUAUUCCCAACACAGCCCAGAGUGAGAUUCUUCAGGCCAAAGACACUGAUACUGGCUUUGACAAGAAGAGUUUUGAGGGUACAAAUAAAUAUGAUGAAGAUAGCAUGGAUGACAAUUCAUUUGACGAGGACAUAGAAAAUGGGGGUAAUGAUGGAAAUCCUGUGAACCCUACUGAAGAUUCUAAUUCAGUGUUACCUCUUAAUCCAUACAGCUACUCUGCAUUAGAACCACAGGUUUCCAUGAGUGACUCAAAAAUCAAUUUGAGCCCAUACAGACUCAAGUUAGUAGGAGACCUUGAAAGCCACAGUGCUGGGAGUCCUACAAUGUCAGAGUCAUCUAGUUCUAUGCAUAUUUCUGUCUCUCCACCACAUAGUCACCCUGAGGGCUGUUCUGCUUCCCUGAAUCUUCCUUCUAAGAACCAACAAGAAACUACAGCCUCAGUUAAGUGUGAACAGCCAGAGACCCCAGCACCCUCUUUGGAAAAUGAAAUUGCAUUCAAUCAGGUGGGAUUUCAAAGCAUCAGAUCUUUAAUGAAACAUGAAAAUUCCAAUUACAACGUGCAGAAUGGGAGCCAGGAGCAUGGUACAAACCAAACCCCCUUAAAUGUGAUUAGUAGUACAGCACAAAGCAAAGUCAAACCAGAGAUGAAUGGAUACAGUAGAUCAUUUAACUUAAAAGAAGGCCCCCAGACACCAUUUGGUCUAAAGUCUCCUACAGUCCCCUCUGAAACAAUGAUCCAGGGAAUCACAUCCCUGCUUGGGUCACCACCACCCCGACGAACCCCCAAACAACACAACUGCCACGCGUGUGGGAAGAACUUCUCCUCUGCCAGUGCCUUACAGAUUCACGAGCGCACACACACUGGAGAAAAACCUUUUGGGUGCUCAAUUUGUGGAAGAGCUUUUACGACAAAGGGAAAUCUCAAGGUUCAUAUGGGAACUCACAUGUGGAAUAACACACCUGCCAGGAGAGGUAGGCGCUUGUCUGUUGAAAAUCCACUGGCUCUGUUGGGUGGAGAGGCCCUCAAAUUCACCGAAGUGUUUCAUAAGGACCUACCAACACAGUCCAUGAAUGUAGAAUCAAAUUUUUGGAGUCGAUAUGCGGCAGCAAUCACAAAUGGUUUAGCUGUGAAGAACAGUGAAAUAUCCGUCAUUCAGAAUGGAGCUGUCUCUCAGAUUCCAGCAAUACCUUUGGCCAUGGACAGGACUAGCACAGGAAACUGUCAAUUGGUGACAUCACUUGGAAAAAUAAAUGCAGAUGUUGGUGUUGGCCCCUUCUCUAUGAUCACUGAUGACAACAAAGAGAUUCAGUUGAACUGA